AGCCUCUCAACAACAAAACAUCCUCUCGGUUUUUUAAUGAAUAAAACGUUCUCUCAUGCUUGUUCACCAAGGACAUGAGCACGGAGAAGCUGAUUCGAGACCAGGCAAUUAAUGGUGAGCGGGCAGGUGAAACUGGGUGUCUCCUACAUAUGCCAUACUUUGGGUCAGAUCAACUCAAGCGGUCUAUGGUUUGGAGAUAACCCUCUCGAGUUCUCUUUCCCUCUCUUGCUUUUGCAGCUUUCCCUCAUCUCCAUCUUCACCCGUUCCCUUUACUUCCUCUUCAAGCCCUUUGGCCAACCCUCAAUUGUUUCUCAUAUUGUUGGUGGUGUAAUUUUAGGUCCUUCAGUUCUUGGGCACAAUGCAGCAUUUGCGGACCAAGUUUUCCCACCUAAAGGGACUACUUUACUUGAGACCUUGGCACUUUUUGGUUUCAUGCUUUUUAUCUUCCUAAUUGGGGUGAAGAUGGACCCAUCUAUCAUUUUUAAAUCAGGUAAAAGGUCAUUGGCCAUAGGAAUCCUAGGCUUCUUAAUUCCUUAUGCACUGGCUGGACUCGUUGCCUUUGUUCUCCACCAUUUUUUGUCAUUGGAUAAUGAUGUUUCCACUGUGCUUCCCUUUGUGGUACUAUUACAGUCUCUGACCGCCUUCGCAGUUAUUGUUUGCUUUCUUUCCGAGCUCAAGCUCCUCAAUUCGGAGAUUGGACACCUGGCUUCAUCUUCUUCAAUAGUGAGUGAGAUGUGCCACUGGUUUGUCCUGGCAGUGAGGUUUGCUACAACAUCUUCAGAAAAGUCGUUAAGUGCAACAAUUGGGACUUUUUCCUCAAUUGUCCUCCUUAUUAUAUUCCUUGUGUUUGGAAUCCGUCCAGCAGCUCUCUGGGCAAUUCGACAUACCCCUGAAGGAAAACCUGUGAAAGACAUCUAUGUUUUUGCAGUCAUUGUAGCGCUUAUGGUUUGUGCAUUUAUGGGUGAAGUUAUUGGCCUAAGCGCUUUUAUCACCUCUUUCUUUUUUGGCUUGGUCAUACCAGAUGGUCCACCCUUAGGUGCUGCAUUAGUAGAGAGGCUUGAUUGCUUUGUUUCAGUAUUGCUCAUGCCGAUCUUUUUCACCACAUGCGGACUAAGGAUGGAUGUUUUUGCCAUAAAGAAGUUGAAGAAUGUGGGUGUGAUUCAGUCGGUUGUUCUUGUUGCUUUUCUUGGGAAGGUAGUAGGAACAAUGUUACCUCCUAUCUUCUGCAGGAUGCCACUCCGGGAUGCCCUCUCUCUUGGUCUUAUCAUGAACUCCAAAGGCAUUGUUGAACUUGCUAUGCUGGUUCGCUGGAAGACAGAAAAUGUCAUCACCGAGGAAUGCUUCGCCAUUAUGAUUAUCUCUGUGGUAAUUGUAACAGGAGUUAUCUCACCCCUAGUGAAAGCCCUGUAUGAUCCUUCAAGGAGGUUCCUUGCUUACAAAAGGAGGACUAUAUUACACCAAAGACGCAAUGAGGAACUGCGCAUACUUGCUUGCAUUCACACACAAGACAAUGCCCGAGCAAUUUUGAAUCUCCUUUCUGCCUCUAACCCUACCAAAGAGAGUCCCAUUAAUUUAGUUGCGCUCCAUCUUGUCAAGCUCGUUGGCCGUGCCUCCUCCUUACUCAUUGCCCACCUGCCGCGCGAAAGGCCUUCUCAAUAUCCAACUCAAUCAGAACGAAUCUUCAAUGCAUUCAGAAAGUUUGAACAUCAUUACUCCGGCCAUGUUAUAUUGCAUUGUUGUAAAGGCAUUUCUCCUUAUGCAACAAUGCACAAUGACGUAUGCUCCCUAGCUCUUGAAAAGAGAACAACCUUCAUAAUAAUCCCUUUCCACAAGCAGUGGAUUAUUGGGGGAAGAGAAGAGUCCACUUAUGCAUUUAGGCAACUUAACAAGAAUGUGCUUGAUAAGGCCCCUUGCUCUGUUGGCGUCCUUAUUGACCGUGGGAACCAGAGGAAACUAUGGUCUAUACAUGGACAGUCUUCAUUGUAUCGGGUAGCUGUGCUCUUCUUUGGGGGUGCUGAUGAUCGGGAAGUACUAGCGUAUGCCAGACGCAUGUCGGAGGAUUGUAAUGUACUUAUCACACUUCUGCGCUUCUAUUCUUCAGCUGAGAUUGUUGGGGGCACAGAAAGGAGCAAGAUGCUUGAUACAGAGGUCUUGAGUGAAUUUAGGCUCAACGCCUUUCGCAAUGCGCGAGUUUCUUACCAAGAAGAGAUGGUGAUGGAUGGCAAUGGUGUGCUUGCUGUACUCAGGUCAAUGGAGAAUGCUUACGACCUUGUUAUGGUUGGGAGACGCCAUCAGGACUCAAGGUUGAUGUCUGAGCUUCGGAAAUGGAACGAGCAUGGAGAGUUGGGAGCAAUAGGAGAAAUACUUGCUGCCGCUGAUUUCAGGGCAGCAGCUUCAGUUUUAGUGGUGCAACAGCAGACCAAAAUGUGGGGAUUGCAAGACCCAGAGGAUUCCACACGAUUGAGAAGAGUAUAGACUUAGGAGUUUUGUUUUUACCUUUUUUUUUUUUUUUUUUUUUUUUUAGGAUUUUGAAACAUGUCCAAUUCUCAUACAUAUUGACUUGGUGCAUGACCAAAUGCAACCACAAUUAUUACAAGUGUCAUAUGUCCAUAUUUCUUCUUCUAUCUCUUGUAAUUUUCUUUGUGUUUUGUAGAGAUGUGUACUCAAAACAGGAAAAGUAAUUAGAAGCUGC